GUGAUACCGCGCGCGCAGAGUAUUUUAUUAAAAUUCAAAUGGAAAAUUACGCACCAACAGAUUUUUUAUUUAUUUGUACUAUUUAAGUGUUAAUAAAAAUCUAUAGGGUAACGUUUUUCAAAAUAAAAUACUCGCCGUUCUAAACGUAAGCGGCGAAAGUAUAAUGCAUUAUAACCUCAAAGCUGAAUUUGUUUUCCGUUAUAAAUUUUAAAAUCUGUUAAGUUUAAUAUGCAGAAGUUACAAGAUAGUGUUUUUUCGAUCAUAAAGACUACAAACCUUUCACCUGCCGUGUUCAGUUAUUUGCAGCCAUCGGAAAAUGCAGAAAAUGUUCCUCUGGGUGGUAUCCUAAGUGACACCAAGCAUGGCUGGCUGGCCCUGGGCACCAAAUUCUGUGUGGUUGAUCUUAGAACCGGACAGAAAGUUGCUGCUAGGACCUUUGGAGUCCCUUACAGCAACACCAACUGCACCAUUACCAGUGUAAUAGAACUACCCACACCGCUAACCGAAAACUCCAAGCAGCUGAUCAUCUGCCUAGAAUGCGAGGAUCUCACCGGCCUUAUCUGCAUACUUCAUGUCAAUGGCUCACAGAUCCUCCGGUGCAUCCAGACGGAUGUUGUGAUUACGGAGAUUGCUGUGUGCGAUGAAGUACCGGAUGGGCCGUUGACAUGCUUUGAUGGAGUUAUCAUGGCUGGCUCGAAGAGAGGAGAGAUCUUUGCUUUUGAUCUGAACAGAGCCAGUCUUAUUCAAGCAUUAAAAGACAUAUCGCAAGGCUACGAGCACCUAGUCCGAAUGGAGUCCAACCCAGCCAACCUAGCGUUUCUGUCUUUCAACUCUAUCCCCCAAAUAGACCAACACAGAGACCAGGCCUUAGAAAACGACGACCAUCUCGCUAUAAUCCUUAACGAAAACUCCCUUAUAGAUGGCCAGUAUCUGUUUAGAAACCCGGACGGUUCAAUCCGAAUGAAAGCUAAACAGGACCAUAUAAGAGUAUCGUCUCUUCAGUACGUGCCGCAGUUGGCAAGUUUGGCGGUUGGGUAUAAUUUUGGGGCGUUCCAGAUUUGGAAUAUGAUGAGUUUGGAGUUGGAGUUUGCGUCGCAGGUCAAUCGGGAAUGCUUGCCGGUUACGCGUUUUGGGUUUCAGGAGCCCUGUGACGACCCCAGAGCCUUCUGCUACCUCUGGGCAGUAUUCUCUGUAAUGGAGAGGUUUGAAGAGGAAGAAUUUCCACUGGCUGUGAUGUAUUCCCUCACUUAUCAGGGGAAGAGAAUGCUUUCAGACACCAAGUGUCUUUAUCAGGACUUCAUGAUGGCAACUAUCAGGUUCCAAGUGGAAUUGAGUGUGAUGGAGAAUGCUGGACAUUUUGUCGGGGGCCGGUGCGUGUCGUGCCACGCAUACUCCGUCAGCUCCACCUUAGGGGAGGAGGGAGAAGAUAGCAUGCUGAAUAUCUGCCAACUAGUCUGGGAGUGUUGGGGAGAAAACGUAAAUUCUGCAACGGAAUAUGGGAUGCUGUUGUUCGAUCUGGAUCAAUGGUACAAAGAUCAGAUGCCUUCAACAUACGGGCUACAAAGCAAUGCCUUCAUGAGCGCAUCAUGGUGCGGCCAACUGACCACGGCCGGGACUCGAACCCUGGACGUCCGGCUGCAGCCCGGCUCCGUGACGCCAUACUCACACGCCACGCGCCUCGAGGAACACUUCUACCCCAACUCCAUACAUUACAAUUGCAUCUGUCUAAACACGUCAGACGCCUGCGUACUAAACACGGCCGGUAUACAGCGACAGAUGAUCGCGUCCGUCGACUUGACCGGCCCCACCGCGCUCCUGAACCCGCCGCGGCUCUACCACGCGUGCGUGGCGGCGGGUCUGACGCCGUUGUAUAUGGACGGCUUGUUGACCAACCCCAGUGCGGAGGAGCAACGCAGAUUCCUAUUAUCAGUGGCGCUGGAAGCUCGUCUGACACGAUUUCUGAAACGUUGCGCCCAUGACUGGGCCACGGGCAGCCAUCAUGGGGUCGGCUGUACUCUCCCCUUCCUGGUGGAGUGGUGCUGGCUUCGCGCCUUACAACUGAAAGAGAACGCAAAAGAACUCACCGCUCCGCUGUUCUCCUCCUCAUCUUUACCCGACAGGAAUGUAGUGCGAUGUUUGGAGCACUGCGUUCAACAGUUGACGCAGUUGACGGGCUUACUGGACGCCAUCCUCACUAAAUGCUGCAACCUCAUAGUUCCCGAUGCUCUGAGCGAGAUCGAAGAGAAAUACAAAGGAGUAGGCACUGUGUCACUUUACUUCCAAGUGGUGCAAUGGUUUCUCCGAGUAGGACUGUUGCCCGAGAGACACCAGGAACUUCCGUAUCCAGCACGGCAGCUGAAUGAAAUAUACACAAAAAGGCGAAUGAAACUGCAACGCUUACAAAGUGGACUAUCCGAUGAGGAGUCGAGCAAAUCUUGCUCGUUACUCUACAUCGACCAGCUGAUUGAGCACGAGUUUGGUGGCGAAAGGAUACAGCAAAUGUGGCUGAAAGGUGGCAGCGAGACCAACGGCCUGUAUCCACCGCCGUCCCUUUACUCUCUCCUAAGAUUGUAUCUACUGCCCGAUAUUGCUGAAGAACACAAGCACUCGCUAGUGCUAUAUCUGCUAGUUGAUUACUCUAUGGUUUAUGAAGUCAGAUACGAGGCGGUAGUGCGCAGGUUGAUGCAGUUCCCGACGAUGUUCGGUUUGAGCAACACCGCCAUUAAAGCUACGCAGGCGUUCUGGCAUCUCGACCACAGGGAUUUUGAUUUCGCUCUCGACCAACUCCAAUGCCUAACCGGCAACACCCUCUCCCCGUGGCAACACCACGCCGUCCUUUCCUCCCUCCUCGCGCAGAACAUGUCGCAGGCCGCCCUGCAGUACCUGCACGUGCGGAAACCCGCGCCCAUACAACACAACCGGGUCAACGACCAUGACAAACUGGAAGAUUGGCAGAGCUGUUGUAACCUGUAUCUGGCUAGAAAGUUGGUCUUUGAGGCGCUGGACGUGGUCAGAAUGUGCGUGCAAAAUGCUGGGAGUUUGGAGGAAAAGCUGCAUGUGUUAAAUUUCUUUUUCAAAGGGUGCCACAACACAGGACAGUUGUCAAAGAUCCUCCAGGUGACCCUGCUGCCAUUCGAAGAGGAAGCAUUCAUUAAAUACUUACAAAACUGCAACGAAACACACACUUCGGAUAUACUCAUCAUGUACUACUUGCAUCAAGCCAGGUACUUAGAAGCGCAACAACACAACUGUAAACUCCGCCACACGAAACGCACAAACAUCUCAUCAUCAUCAUCAUCCAUCGUGGACGUGAUGGACCGUCAGCAGGCGCGCGACACCCUAGUGGAGGUGGUGUGCUCGUCGUUGCCGACCAUAGCGACCAGAGUGGCGCACACGGCGCUCGGCGACCACUGCGAACCUCAUAUUCUAACAGCAAAGCCGAUGUCCGUGUUUGUUCAAACGAAAUCACCCAAAAACACGUUUACAUACAAGUCGUCUUUUAUUCAGGACACAAUAGAGAACGCCAGUGAGACCUGGGUAAAUAGACCUAAGAUGAGGCGCGGCAUCAAACGAGCGCUCAAUAUUGAGGACACACCCUUCAUCUGUACUCCGAAGUUAUCACGAACUAAGAGUAUAUUCAGUGACUUCCAAUCCUCGUCGACGCCCCCGAAGCGCGCCAGGCUCGACCUCGCCGGCACGUCCCACACGCCCCACACGCCCCACACGCCCCACACGCCCCACACGCCCCGCACGCCCCGCACGCCCCACACGCCCCACCUCCCGCGUACACCACGAGAAGACAAUAUCACUCGACAGAUGGCGACUCUGCUAGAUAUGCCAGAAGUGCAGAGUCCGGAUGGCAAGAUAUAUGAUAGAAGCGGGGCUGGGACGCCUCAUAGUAUACUCAAGAUAAGAAACUCGGCCCUCGGUCACGACGCGCCCUCGCCAGUCGAUUCCCGUUAUCUCGGUGACAGUGAUGACGAAUUAUUAGAGACGGCCAGCAACCACACACAUUACAGCGAUUCUACCAACAAACACUUACGGUUCACAAUCCCGACGGCCUCCGAGUCGGGUUCAACGCCUUCGCCGAAACCCGCUCCGUUUACUGCCGAAGUGCGAGAGAGAGAACCAGCGCGACAGAAAGAGAUGGACGAGUCUAUGGAGAGUUUCGUUACUUCUACGAGUACCGCGCAUCCUAUGAAAGAUGACAAUGCGUUCGAGUCUCCUCUAAAGAAAUUAGCUACAGAAGAAAUGAUUUUAUCUAGGAAGUCUUACAAAGAUAACGUUCGGGCGAGACGUUCCCUCUCAAUCUCCGCCAAUAGCAGCCUCUCCGAAGACCCGAACACCUCCAUGGAAAGCAUAGCCGAUAUUCCCAUCACCCUCAUCAACCCACGCUACCGCAAGACAGAGACGCCUGGCGAGCGGGAGCGAGACAGCGCGUCGCCGAACAUGAACGUUGACAAGGAGAGCAGUUUGUCGCCGAGUCGCAGGGAUGAGGGGGAGAGAGAGAGGGAAGGGGAGGAAAGGGACGUGCCGCGGACACCGCGGGGGAGGAGAGGGAUUAGAGGCGGAGGGGAGAGUACACCAUUGGCUAAUAGAAGUCGUUCAGGAACACCGGAGCGCGUCGACUCUCCUAUAAUAACACCGUUGCGGCUGACUAGAAAUACGAGAAGCCGUUCUCGUACACCGGAAAUAAGUCCGCGUGCGUCCCCUCUGGCUCCCAUCCCGGAACAACCCAAACAGGAAGUGGAAAGCGAACCGCAUCCGGUCAAGACCACACUUGUGCCAAGCCGAUUAAGAAGCCGCUCCCGCACCCCGGAGAGAAUGGACAAGGUGGCCGAGUCCCCGCGCCUCGAGGCCAUCGCGGAGAGUCCCGCCCCCUCCGCCCCCGCCCCCGCCCCCUCCGUCGCCCCCGCCCCCGCCCCCGCCCCGGAGGAGCCCGAGGCGCCGCGGAGAACACUCAGGAGUCGAUCUCGCUCGCCGCAACUCCAAAUCGAAGUGCCCAAGAGUCCGAGAAGUUUGAGAAGCCGAUCGAAGACACCAGAAAAGCUCCUGUCUCCCAAAGCCGACCGCCCAAGUAAGGUCAAAAAAUCUCUCACCAGAAUAGUAUUAGAGGCCAACACGUUCAAGGCCAAAAACGCUGAACUCGAACCAGAAAAAACUAAAGAAAACGAAGAAUUAAUCGAAUGUACGCCUAUGAAGCUUAAACGGGUCGCCAGCAUGGACGUAUCGUUCUCUCCGAUUGUAAACAAAUCUGUACUUACUGAAACUCCAGACAAAGUACAAUCCGCAGACAGCAGCAAAACUAGUAUAGAAAAUUUACCAGCGUUUACAAAAGUGAACGAAACACAAUUCGGGAAAUCAGUACUACAAAGCUGCGAAAGCAGCGCUGCUGAAACUUCUCAAGAAGUCGAAAAGGAGACGGAUGAUGAAUCGGUUAAUGUUAAAACAUUACCAGCCUUCACUUCAAUGAACGAUAGUAUCUUUGCAAAAUCUGUGCUACAUAGUUAUGAGAGCAGUGUUGCAGAAAGCUCAAGCAUACAUGAAGUUUCUGUUACUAAAGAGACAGUUACAAAAUUAACUAAAACAGAAGUUUCAAUCGCUUGCAAGUCUGUAUUAAAAGACCAAUCCAGUCUUUUGACUAAUGACAGCGAAUCUGAAAGCGAAGAUAACAAGUCUAAUUGGAAGGAACCUAUAGAACGUGUAGAAGGUACAGCGCAGGAUAUCCAGAAGGAGAAAGAGAGGAUAGUGGACAUUGAGAGGGAGAUUAAUGAGAUAGAGGGAGAUAUGAGCGAUGAAGUGGGGUCGACGGACGAGGAGAUUGUCGAGGGAGCUGAUGAUGAUGAUACUGAUGAAGAGAGUUCGGAGGAAGAUGAUUCAAUGUCAGGCUCCGGUGACGACGAGAUAAUAUCAAUCGGGGACUCUUCCGCCGAGUCCAACGACAUACAACUCGAUGAACAAACCUCAUCCGACAGCAACAGACAAAACAGACAAAUUGAGGAACAACUCGACGAACAAACCUCAUCUGACAGCAACAGACAAAACAGACAGAUCGAGGAACUGGAACUCAAUAUUAGGGAAAGUCCGGAAACGACGGAACAGUCGGAUAGGGAUCCGCUGAAUCGAGGGCGGAUUUCACUGCUUACUGAUGAUAGCUCUUACUCGUCGGAUAAUGAGAUGGAUCUCAACUAUGAUGAUGAGGAGGAAGAGGAAGGGGAGGAAAGUAAGAAAGCGGAAACUGACUCAGCGAAAUCUGAAACCGAAGCACCAAAAACGGAUACAGAAGCACAAAAAACUGAAACAAAAGCACCAAAAACGGAAACCAAAGCACCAAAAACGGAAACCAAAGCACCAAAAACGGAAACGGAAACAGCAAAAACGGAAACCGAAGAAGUAAAACCUGAAAUCGAUGCACCGAAAACAGAAACACACGCAGCCAUAAUGAUAGACGUAGUAGUAGAAGAAGUGAAUCCUACUGAAGAAAAAGAAACUCCUGAUGCUCCGGCUGAAACUAAGAGUGUUGAUGUCGUUGACGCCAGGUCGGUUAUAAAUAAACCGGAAAAUAUGGAAGUAGAUCCUAUUACAUCUAAAACAGUUGUCAUUCCUGAAGUAAAGAUUGAAAAAGAUAAGGCAGACAAAGAGACAGUGCCUGAAAAUAAAACAGUAGAUAAACAAGUUGAAAAAGAAACGAAAGAGUCACAAAAAAAUAUGAACGCUACAGAACAGUCUAAGAAAACAGGAGAAAAUACAGAAAAGGAAAAACCAGAAUCUCGUCUACGCAAACGCGCAUCGUCGACAUCGUCUAACAAAUCCACGUCUAACAAAAAAGAUGAUACAAAAAUGGAUGUCGAUAAAACAGAAAAUGUUGAAACUAGAAAACCUAUGACCAGGAAACGCGCUAAAUCUACCACCUCUAACCAAUCUGAGGAAGUAGACGAAUCGCCGAGAAAAAUAAGUAAUCCUACUCCUGCUAUGAGAAGGCUUAUGGCUCGACUUGACUCUAAAGAAGUAGAGAAUAAGGUUAAAAGUGCUGCGACUCCGCAGCGGCGGGCGACGCGCAGUCGGAGUAUGAAUGACGAUAAUGUCAGUGUCACGUCAGAGGAUUCAGUCAGGUCGACGAGGAGUAAGGCUAGUGAGAAGGAGAAGAAGGGGAGGAAAUCGAUAGUGGCUGUUAAACCCGAAUUAAGCGCUAUUCCGGAAAUGUCCGUGGAUGAGUCUAAGGAUGUCAGCGAGUAUUCUAAUUCGAGAAGGUUGACCCGCCACCAGCAGUCCGUGCUGUCCACCCUGCAGCUGCGACCGCGCGCGGGGCGCGGGGGGAGCGCUGGGAGCGGGGGGCGCGGGGGGCGCCGGCGCGGGGCGGGGGCGGGGGACGAGCAGGAGGAGGGGGAGGGGGCGGGGGACAGGGAGCCCUUCGACGUGCAGCCUAUUGACAGGAUCAGCUUGCUCAACAAGACUGACUUUCAAGGCUCCCCCGACUCUUCAGAACCGGCGCGACAGUCGCCCGGAACGGAAUCUUCCGUGUCGCAUUCCUCUGGCCGUAGAACUCUCCGCAUGGCAAGAGCGGCGUCGGAGUCGAGAACUGCUCACAAAGCGGCCAAAAUUGGCAGAAGCGUUUCUGUAGAUGUUGCGUCGGUGUCGUCCGGGGCGGGGUCGCCGGCGCCCGGCAGCCCGGCGCCCGGGAGCCCUGCACGGGCGGGGGAGCGGGGGCGGGGGCGGCGCGCCUCCUUCACGAGGGCGUGCGAGGCGCUCCACACGCCUAAGGGACGCCGCGCCUCGACGGAUCUCAGGAAGGAGACGGAUAGUGCGGGGGGCUCCCCGGCCGGCUCGGAGGCCUCGGGUCCCGCCACGCCGGCGCCAGGUCCCGCCACGCCGGCGCCGGGGCCCGCCACGCCGGCGCCAGGUCCCGCCACGCCGGCGCCGGGGCCCGCCACACCGGCGCCAGGUCCCGCCACGCCGGCGCGGCGCGGCCGUCGCGCCUCCACGCACUCCAAUACUAGCGUCACUAAAGAAACUGGAAAACGAUCCAAAAAGUUAUCAACCGUAGAAGAAAGUGAUGCCAAGAAAUAGUUAUUAUUUUUAAGUGUAAGUUAAAUUUCUUUUGUUUUGUUUAGUUGCAUUUAUUAUAAAGCAUGACCAGAAAUAUAUGACCAUUGUCACGAGGGCUCUGUUAUUCUCAAUAUAUAGGGUGACAGUUCAGUAUAGUAUGAAAAAAUUAGUUCCAGUGAAAUUCCGCAACAUGGCGCGUGAUCAUAUAUUCCUGGUCAGGCUAUAUAAAUAGUCCAACCAGAAAUAAAUUUGUAGUUAUACUGUAAAUUAAGUGUACUUCCUAGGCAUAAUGAAAUGCAAUAAAAUAUUAUUUCUGGUCAGCCUAUUAACUAUUAAGUAAGUUUUGUUUUAUUUAUUGAUAUUUUCCACUAAGUAAUAAAAGUCGGAU